UGGUUCAGAGUCUGGUUUCAUAGGGGCACAAUCUAAUUCCAGUUUGGAUUGUUUGCAUAAUGAGAAAAAGAAGAAGAGGCUGAAGAAGAAAAAGAGGCUUAAUGCUCCAAAAACUGAUUAUAUAGAUGUUAAUCUUCAGGAAGUUACUUCUGAAACAAUUACUGCUUCCUUAGGAACAGAAGCUUCUGUAGAUGUGAGCGUAAAGAAGGUUCCUGAAACUGCAACCGGUGAAGUAGAGGGUAUGUUUGAUACAAGCACAAAGAUGGAGUUGGUGGCUACUCCUGUUAUAAUAGGCCCGAUGAAUUUGAGUCGUCUGCUGAGAAAGAGGAUGAGAAAAAAGAAAAAGAAGGAGAAUCUUAAUGAUUCUGUGACAACAGAUAUGUUUCCAGAAAGGGAUUCAUCUUUACAGCUGCCAGUCAACAUAUGCUCAAGCAAUGUCUCAGUGGAGAAACAACCUAAUGAGGAUUUCAGUUUGUGUCUGGAAAAGAAUGAGAGUAAUAAGCAGAAUGAUGGUCAGAAGGCCUCUGAAAAUUGUAGUCCAGCUAAUCUACAAAUGGCUAAUGCUGAGCAUUUUGGAAAAGAGGAUGUGAAAAUUGCUCCAGGAGAGUUGGAUUUGGCUUCAAUGAAGGGAGAUUUACGCCUCUCUAGAAAUCAAAGUGAUUCUCUGAAAAGUACAAAUUUGAUGGGGAAACAAGAUCUUCCUUCUGAGAAUGAUAUUGUUUCUCGUGAACGAAGCGAUGCUAAGACCUAUCAUAGGAAGAGAAAGAGAAAAUCCUCUAAGUCUUCGGUUAAUAGUUCAGACUGCAUAAAGGAUGGUAGAAGAGAUACUUUAUUUGACCAUUCAGAAGAAGCCCAUACAGUUGACCUAAUAGAGAAUAAGUUAGAUAGAGUAAUAGAAGUGGAGAAUGCUGCCCCAGCACACGUCUUGGGAGAUAUUGAGAUGAAGGAAGCCUCUGUUAACAGUUUAGAGGGUCAACCUGCAUGCAAGGAUAGUGAGAAAAAAAUGAAAAUGAAGAAUUUGCAAAAGGUUGUUACUGAAGAUAGUUUAAUGAAGAAUGUGUCUGUGCUACUUGAAGAGCAUCUUCAAGAGAAAAACAUAGAGAAGGCAGGUGAGAUCCAGAUUAAAGUGCAGACUGCAUCUUGUAAGGAUGGUGGUUCUGUUGAAAGUUCAUCUGGUUCCAAAGAAAAAACUUCUGAUAAUAUAUCUGAUCAUGAUACUUUCUGCAAGCAUCUAAAGCCGAAGAAUGUGAAGUUAGAGACCAAGACCAAAGAAAUAGCUCCUUCAUCACAUAUGGUUGUAAUAAAAGAUGAUUGUUCAGUAAAUGAAACUAAUAAAGAAGACAAUAGUCAACAUUCAUCUCACUCUAUUCCAAUAAGAGCAUGUAUUGGCCAUUCUAAAAAGAAGCUUCUUGUACUUGAUAUAAAUGGAAUUCUUGCAGCCAUUACUCAACACCCUGUUGGUAAGGGAUGGAAGCCAGACUAUGUAGCAUCACGGAAAGCAGUGUUUAAGAGGCCACAUUGUCGCGACUUUCUCCUAUUUUGCUUUGAGAGAUUCAAUGUGGGAAUUUGGACCUCAAGAAUCAAGAGGAAUGUUGAGAGAGCAGUUCAAUUUCUUCUGGGUGAUUUCAAACAUCGUUUGCUUUUCUGUUGGGAUGCAUCCCACUGUAGUAAAACAGGGCUUACUGCAAUUGAGAAUAAGAAUAAACCCCUGGUUCUCAAGGAGUUAAAAAAGUUGUGGGUGAAAGCCGAGCCUGGGCUUCCAUGGAGAAAGGGCGAGUAUAAGGAAACAAACACUUUGUUGGUGGAUGAUUCACCAUAUAAGGCCCUAUGCAAUCCAGCUUACACUGCAAUAUUUCCCUAUUCAUACCAGUACUGGCAUACUAAAGAUAAAUCAUUAGGACCUGGUGGUGAUAUUCGGGAAUAUCUGGAACGGUUAUCUCAUGCUGAGAAUGUUCAAGAAUUUGUUAGACAAAAUCCAUUUGGUCAACCACCUAUUAAUGAAUCAAAUCCACAUUGGAGUUACUAUAGUCAGGUAUUCUGCACCAUGUCAAGCCCAUCUCAUAACGUUGGCAAUACUUCCCUUGUUAAUACCAAUGAAGCAUGAAGAUCACCAAAUACCCCAGCAAACACUUUCCCAAAUUGUUUCUGAUCCCCAGUGACAAUAAUCAAGCUACUUCUACCAGUUACCCAAAAAAAAAAAAAAAAAAAUAAUAAUAAUAAUAAUAAAUAAUCAAGCUAUUUCUAGGAUAUUCUGUGAUGUAGCAAACUAAUCCAGGAUAUUCACCAUAGCCGGCAAUUUUAAGGAGAAUACAGAAACUCACUGAGAUUGAUUGAUUAUUUAAGUUUUUUAUCACAUUGGAUUUGCUUUUGGUCCAAUAACCAUAGGUGAAAUUGUACCGGGUGGCAUCCACCCGGAGAUGAAUACAUUCUUGUUGUCACAGAGCCCUUGAUUCUGAAUUUUUAUCACACGUUCUUUAUUGUUUAAAGUAA